UUCCCCCUCCUUCUUUCUUCAGUCCUGACGAAGGGUUCCGGCCCGAAACGUCGACUCCUCGUUUCCACUGAUGCUGCCCGACCUGCUGAGUUCCUCCAGCGUGCUGUUGAAAGGAAUGGAGCAAGUUCUAUUCUACUGGUGUUCCUUGCCAACACCAUGAACUGACCUGAUGGAUUUAAAUGAAGGAUCCAAAGAUUCUGGAUCAUCCUUUCAUCAGCUGCCAGCCAAAAGCAAAGAACAAAGGGAGCGAAUGGAUGUUGAAGAUCCACAAACUGAGGCGAACGGAAACUACGAGCAAGGAGUAACCACUGAACUAGAGAAUACCAAGGACCUGGGUGGCAGUGGCGAUUUGCUGAUAAAGGCAGACUCUGAUGCUCGUAAAAGCAAAAUCAGGUCGGAGGAUGGCAAGCGGACGUAUGCUGAUUACCCUCCAGCCAAAAGAUUGAAAAUUGAUACUUUUGAAGAAUCUCAGGGUAGCAGAAACACUAUGGUUUCAGAGGCUGUAGCUCUGCCAUCUGACUUAAAGCCACCUCUGACGCAUACAGGGGAGGAGCAAAAUGAAGCAAAGGGAACUGCUGAAGGCUGCCAGAAUCAAGCCAGGAAGAUCAUAGCUGGAGUAGCUCUAACAUGCCCUUCUUGCAACUUUCUGGGGAAAAAUAAAAUUGCACUAAAAAUUCACACAAAGCAAUGUCACUUCAAUGACAACGAUCUCAUCUGUGCCAUCUGUAACGUUACAAGCCCAUCAGAGGAGAGUCACAGAAAGCACCUUUCUUCUGUUCUCCAUAAAAAGCGAACAAAAAGCACAAGGGAAAGUACAGGGACAAAGGAGGGAUUUAACUGUCGGCUCUGUGGCCAGCUAAUGCCUUCACGUUAUGACUUGGACAAGCACAUUAAAGAGAAUCAUUCCAGAAGGUCCAAAGCCCAUGUUUGCCCUCAUUGCAAAUUCAAGGCAGCAAGUGGAGCAUCUUUGCAGGCGCAUCUCAAACGCAAGCAUGUGCAAAAAGAAAGUUUGGGUUGUGAUCUCUGUGGUUUCCGAUGUUAUGAUGAAAACCUGCUGAAAGCCCACUGCCGUGGGAAGACUCACCUCCGCCGUAAGAAUCUUGCUGCACGAGGUGGAUACAUACAUUUGCUCUCCAAAAAGAGGCUUCCUGUUGAAAAUAGUGCCAAAGGCAAAGUAGAGAGAGCAAAAUGUAUCAGCAAUGAUGGCCCAAGUUUGCGCAAAAAAACCGAAAAUUUGGGGAGAGCAAAGAAUAAGAGUACUGCUCAAAAGAAUAAUAGAAGUGCGAAGUGUGUAGAGAGUCCAGAUAGUGAUCACUGUGAAGAAGCUCCAUUGAGUAAGGCCGAUGAAGCUGAUAGCCAUGCCAGAAAAACAUCUCCCCAAAGAACUUCAAGAAGAGUAAAAGAGCCGUCUGAUUUGCUCCAAGAAUGGGUUGGCAAACAAAGAUUAAAGUGCUCUGAUGAAGAUCAUAUCAGUGGCUUGAGACCACAGAGCACGCGCUGCAUAGGCAAGGUUGAACGCAUUCAGCAGAUGAGAAAUAAGGUGGGGAAACAGAGGGCUUCUCGAAACCUAAGGGAAAGCCUUUUGAAGGUGGAUAAUAGACGAGGUAGAGGGCGUCCUCCUGGCAGGAAGAAUGUUAUUCCUGACAUCCAGCAUGGUAGAGCGAAACUUGCUGGAAAGAAGAAUCAACGUGUAAGAUCAAAACACAAAAUUGCCAGAGCAACAGAUCAACUUGACAGCAAUCCUGAGAAUCAAGGUGAAGUUGGUGAUGCAGACUCAUUAACUGGGACUGAGGCAAACUUAGAAAAUGAGAAGUCUUCCAAAAAAAGUUGCCCAAGUCGAAAUGAAAAAGCUGAAACAGCCACACCGGUGGCUCUUAAAGAACCACCACUAGUUAAGAACAGUAAUGGGAACAUGUCUCGGGUUCAAAACCUUGUGUCCCCAUCUAACAUCCAAGCAGAUAACAAAACUCCCAACCUUGAGAAUCCUGAAUCGAAGCUAAGCCCAGCCGAUCGCAAAGCCCUCCGCACUUGCUCCUACUGUGACCAUGUGUUUCAGAACAGAAAGGGGUUGGAGGUUCACAUAAAGAGACGCCACACAAAAGAAAUGGACUUCCACUGUCAGCCAUGCGGCUACGCUUGUGUCACUAAGGGUGAUUUUGAAAAACAUUGUCAAAGCAACAGGCAUCAGUUGAACUUCUCCCAGAUCGACUGUCGACUCUGUGCAUUUGUAACCUUAAGUGAAGGGGCUCUGAAAGAGCACAUGAGCCAAGAGCACAAAAUAGCCUUUUACUGUUCUGCGUGCAGAGUACACUUUGCAUCAGAAAAGGAUCUAGUGGACCAUGAAGGCUCAGAGCAGCACAAAAGUCUUGUGCUUGCACAGCAAAAAGAUAAGAUGUUGGAGAAAAUUGAAAACCAGCAGCCAAGGGAAGUGAGUCCAAGUAAGAUCACCUCAGGUGGCACUGGAGAUCCUACCAUCCCAAAAUGUGGCCUUUUGUUUAAAGAUCCUCAGAAGCCUUCCAUAGCAAGAGUGGUUGCAGGGAACAUUUUGAGACGUUCAACACACAGCAAGCUUCAAUUACAAUGCAAGAGCUGCUUUUACAAAGCUCGAUCCGCAACUGUGCUUUUGAAGCACAUCAGACUCAGACAUGCACAGGAGUAUCGAUUCCUGUGUAAAGUAUGCAGCCUGUACACAAUUAGCAGGGAAGCAAUGGAAAAGCACAUUAAACGGAGCAGACACAUUGAGAAUGCUAAGAAAAGAAACCUAGGGCCGUCAUUGGAGGAAUGUGUAGAGGAAGUGUCCAUUGGGGUUCAGGAUGUUCAAAAUACUAUAAAAGCCACUGGGGCUUUGGGGAAUGUUAAUAGUGAAAUAGACAAAGGCUUUGUUCAGGUCCUUGAACCAUCAAAAUCCAAACAGGAAUUUGUUGUGACCUGGGAAAUAUCAGAAGGCGAUGCAACCAGCGUGGGAAAUGUUGAAAAAGGCAAUGACCGUGCAUCAGCAGAAAGCAUCAAAAAAGAACGGCCUAAAGGGAAUAUCUCUCGAACAUGUCCCCAUUGCGGUUUAUUAGCUUCCAGUGUGACAAACCUGAAUAUUCACAUUAGGCGGAAACACAGCCAUCAGUACAGCUACUUUUGUAAGGCAUGCAACUACUACACUGUCACCAAAGGAGACAUGGACCGUCACUGCAACACAAAGAAACACAAAAAUCGUGCUGAUGUCUCCAAACCUGUAGAGAUCUGUCGGAAAGCCACUAUGUCGAACAAUAAAGACAGUCCUCAAAUUGCUGGGACUGAUCCUCCUGCAUUUCCUCCAGCUGACUGCAUCGAGCAGAGUAGCAGUGCUCCAGAUCCAGCGAUACAUGAAGUAAAGGGGCAGUCUGGAGUCACUGAGAACUGCUCUCAGGUAAAUCUAGAGAGUGAUCUUCCAGUACAAAAUGAAGAGCAAGUAGAUGAACAAAAAGAAACAGAGGCAAUCCUUGAGGUAGAGCCGAAUAAUAUGGGGCAGGAUGGCAGUUCAUCCAGCACAAAACGACUCAAAGGAACCCCCACCACUACAUGUACAUAUUGUGGCUUUGUUGCUUAUUCCCAGGCUACCCUGGAGUUACAUGUUAAACGUAAACACACAAAAGAUUUUGACUACUAUUGCAUGGCAUGUGAUUACUAUGCUGUCACUAGACGUGAAAUGAUGAGGCAUGCUUUUACGGAAAAGCAUAAACUUAAAAGUCAAUCCUACCUGAAAUUAAAUCUGGGUAAAGGGCAGUCUGUGAUGCGUGCAUCGGUAACAUUGACCAGCGCACCAAACGGUGGGAAUCAGAAGGAACAGACAGUGGAUUGCCCACUUAAAGAGAGAAGCAAUGAAGAGGAAAAAGCUUCAGAACUUCCUCAAGAGGCUACACAGGAAUCUGCUUUACAUGCUGAACCUAAGAGAGUGCCAGAAAGCAAUGAGAUAACUAAUGAUUGCAAAGAGACAACAGCUGUGCUUGAGUUGACAGGAACACAAGAAAAAUCCUUCCAAAAUGAAAGAGUGAAUCAAGGAGAGCUAAUUGAGACAGUAUCUGCAGUGCAUAAUUCGGAGAAUUUUUCUGAAGUUGAACCCAGAACGGUAAAUGAAAAAAAUGUCUGCCCAGGUGCCGAGAGUUCCUCUGUAGAUUUGAAUUCUGUAUCUGUAAAGUCAAGGGAACUGGAGGGCACCAAAGAUCAGGUUGGCGAUGUACCUACAGAAGGUGAUUCAAAUCAGUGUAUGGACAUUGUCACAAUGCAGAACACCAGUGUGACAAGCAAUGAUGCUGAUUUAAAUGCUGAGGCUCCUCAGACAAGAGAGGUGGAUGAUCUUCAAGGAGGUCCCCUUGGAGCCGAGAGGCCGAAAGAUAAUAAACCAAUGAAGGAGACCAUGAAUUUGGAUAGAAGACCUAAUGAGUUGGUUAAUUCAGUGAGAAACAUGUUGAAUUGCAGUGGUUUGGCAGAAGAUGCAAAUGUGCAAAUGGGACCCUCAGCCCUUCCAGGAGGCAGUGAAGGUAACACAUUGGAACAGAAUACAGAUGGACAUCCAGAUGUCACAAGCUUUCAGCAGCCUGCGAAGAAUUCAGAUCACCUUCAACCUAAUUGUGUGCAGCAUGUUGAGGGUAGCUGUGAAGAUAUUGCAACAAGUUCUAGUUCAGAGGUACCUGGACAAAACGAGGGUGAACACGAACAGGUUAUUGAGUGUGAGGAAGCUCAAGAUAAAGAUGAUGCAUCCUUGAGGGAGAAGACCAAGGAUGUGAAAAAUGCAAAUGAUGUGAGGCAAGAUCCCGAAGGUAAUUCAGUGGAAGCAGCUGAGAGUUCUAGUGAGGACCUCAGAAAGUUGGAGUUCCAGGGUAAGGGACUGCAAAAAUAUUUUGAGUUUGAUUCCUCCAUUGUGAGAUUGAAGAACAAGUCUGGCACUGAAAAACCUGAGUGUGCUGAAAAUAGUGAAGAUAGCCAGGGAGCAGAUGGGAUCUCACCCAGCGAGUGGGCCGUAGCAGUUUAUAAGACAGAUCCUUCACAGGCUGCAAGGAAGAGGAAGGCAAAAGGGGCCUUGCUGCAGGACCCGAAACGCAUUCGCUGUGAAGACUGUGGGUUCCUGGCUGAUGGUGUCAAUGGGUUGAAUGUCCACAUUGCUAUGAAGCAUCCUUCUGCUGAAAAGCACUUCCACUGCUUGCUGUGUGGGAAGUCAUUCUAUACCGUGAGCAACCUGCACCAGCACUUGGCCAGUGUGGGUCACCAGAGGAUGGAACAGGAGAGCAUAGAAGAGUUGCCAGAGGGUGGUGCCACAUUCAAGUGUGUCAAGUGCAGCACACCUUUCGAAUCGGAGCAGGACCUUUUUGUUCACAUUAAGCAGAAGCACGAGGAAAUGCUGAGGGAAGUAAAUAAGUACAUCGUGGAAGACACUGAGCAGAUAAAUUAUGAGCGGCAGGAAAACCGAGGGAAUGUCUGCAAGUAUUGCGGGAAGGUGUGCAAGAGCAGCAAUUCCUUGGCAUUUCUUGCUCACAUCCGUACGCAUACUGGAUCAAAGCCUUUCCGAUGUACACUCUGUAACUUUGCAACAGCACAGUUGGGAGAUGCUCGUAAUCAUGUCAAACGGCACCUUGGGGUUCGAGAAUACAAGUGCCACAUAUGUGGAUGGGCUUUUGUUAUGAAGAAACAUCUCAGCACCCAUUUAUUGGGCAAACACGGCAUUGGAACACCAAAAGAAAGGAAAUUUGUGUGCGAGAUUUGUGACCGAACAUUCAUUGAGAAGUGGGCCCUGACCAACCACAAGAAGCUGCAUAUGGGCCAGAAGCCUUUCAAGUGCCCUUGGCUGACCUGCCACUAUUCUUUCCUCACAGCAUCGGCCAUGAGAGAUCACUUCAGGACCCACACAGGGGAGAAGUCAUUUCUGUGUGACCUCUGCAGAUUUGCCGGUGGAACUCGCCAUGCUCUCACCAAACACCGGCGACAGCACACAGGUGAAAAGCCAUUCAAAUGUGACCAAUGCAACUUCGCUUCCACAACACAAUCCCAUCUGACCCGACAUAAACGUGUCCACACAGGAGAGAAACCUUAUAAGUGUCCUUGGUGUGAUUACAGAUCAAACUGUGCAGAGAAUAUUCGGAAGCACAUCCUGCAUACGGGCAAACAUGAGGGUGUUCUGAUGUACAAUUGUCCAAAGUGCGAGUAUGGAACCAACGUACCAUUAGAAUUUCGGAACCAUCUCAAGGAGCUUCAUCCUGAUAUUGAGAAUCCAGAUCUGGCAUAUCUCCACGCGGGCAUAGUUUCCAAGGCAUAUGAGUGUCGUUUGAAAGGACAAGGGGCACAGUUUGUGGAGACGGCCGUUCCAUUCAACACGCCUCCAAGCACGAAUUCUACUGAGGUCACAGGCGAUUCGGUCAGUGGUUGCGUUCAACAGCAGGAAACAGCUGAACCACUCGGGCAAGUCAUCAUAAUCCAAGGCUAUCAAGAUAGCUAUGGGGAAACUAUCCCCAUUGACGCCUCGGUGGAAGCCACAGCAGCAGCAACUCUCCAGACCCUGGCCAUGGCUGGUCAGAUGGCCCAGGUGGCAGAGGUGGUCCACAUCACAGAGGACGGCCAGCUUAUAGCCACUGCACAAAGUGCCAGCCAGAUCGAUGGUAUGAUGCCUGGACAGAUUCUGUCACAACACCUGGCGUCGGGCACUACCCAGGUCGUGGUGGUGGAGAGUCCCGUUAGAGGAGGGGAGGCUGGGGAAGCUGCCGUGACCAUGGAGACCCUCGGAGAUCCUAGUCACGUAAUCGAGCAUGUGGUGACUCAGGAAGAGCCGGUAGGGCAGCCUGCAGAUAUGCCAACAGCCCUGGACGCACUCCUGUGCGCCAUCACAGAGCUGGGUGCGGUGGAGGUGAGGUCGACCGAGCAGGGAGGCAGCGAACCCGCCCAGGGGGGAGCUGGCACAGCUGGACCUGCCACUGAGGAGGUCACCCCAGUUCCAAGUGAGCCACUAGGGACAGAUGCUCAGGCCUCCCACGAGGAGCAAGUGGCGGAUGAAGCCAUGAAGACUGUGGAGGUGACAUCAGAGGUCGAACAGCCUGUAGCCAUCAACGAUACCAUGGCACAGACUGUGUCUCAGGCUUCCCUCAGUGACAUGGUGCAAGAGGUCCUACAGUUUACCAUGUGUGACAUAAGGACUGCAAGCCACAUUGUGAAAGACGGCAUCACACAGGUGAUAGUGACCAAAGAAGGAGCUGCUCAUGUGAUGGAGGGGGCCUCCCAGAUCAUAAUGCAGGAAGGCGAGGAGCAAACUAUAACCACCAGUGGCCACCCCGUGCAGCUGAUAGACUCCGACGGCAGUAUAUCGCAGUUAAUAGUCACGGAGGAAAUCGCCCAAGCCAUGGUUCAGGAGGCCACCACUCAUAUGUCUGAGGAAGCGACUCACGUUAUUGUUACCGAGCUGCCCCACGGCAUGGUGAACAGUGUGGACUCCAGGACAGUGACGGAGCUUUACCCGCACGGUGUGAUGGAGCUGAUGGCAGAGGGUGUUUCUGCCCUCAGUCACCCAGUGACGACUAUUGCAUUGACGGAGUGCUACACCGAGGGCAGGUCAGAAGUAGUCAUGACAGAAUUGCCAGCGGGGGAGGAGCAAGAAAUGGAAGUAGGUGAGAACCAGGAGGCGUGACCAGCCGUCAGUAGGGGAGGAAGGUUAAUUAGAAAGACGUAAUUACAAAAGGUGGCUAGUAUGGCAUAUGUCAGUGAUUGAGAACCUGGCUGUGGAAAAAUGAUUGGGUCGCAGCACCCACUAUCUCAUUAGAUUCAGAUUCAGCGAGGAUUAGCUUAUAAUAAUGACUUCACUGGAACAAAGGAAUUUUUAAAAUUCAUUGUCUGUGAUGAUACAGCUCCACAAGUUAUGGGUACAAAAUGCCUCUAAGAGGAGCACAGGAGAACGUGUGUGAUUUGGCCUGCGUUUUGCCAUAUACCUUCAUGAUUUCUACUGUGCAGGUUUGCUUAUUUCAGCUGUUAUUUAAAGUGGAAAAGAUUGAAAGCGGUAACAGAGAGAGAGAGGAGCUGAAGGCAUGCGGGUGAGAGAAAGAGAGGAACUUUGGCAAGUGCUCAACAAGAGUCUUAGUCUUGAGGGAGGUGGGGAAGGUGAGAGAUUAUCUCAGUCUCAGGGAGUGAUGUGGACGAACGGGGACCAAAAGUGAUGAGAAAGAAACACAGUUAAGAAAGGUUCAAGAGAUGAACCAUUUAAUUGGGUGACUCAGUCGAUCUGUGUUUAUUUUUGACUUGAGCCCCAAAGAGUCGCCUCUGGAUUCCAGUACAAAAGCUCUGAUAGCCACAUAUUUCUUUAAUUACCUUCCUUCUACAAGGCAAAAGCAGAAACUGAGCAAAACCUAGUCAGAAAACAAAACGACAUGGGUGGAGGAACUAAGAAGGGAUUCCUUGCAUUUUCCUAACUUUGCAUUUGGCUUUUGUCAAAGAUGCAAGGAGAAAAGUAGGUUCAACCAAGUAUUGCAUACCCAGUCACAGUGAAAUGCUAUAUGCAGUUAGCUAUUUAUUUUGGUUAUUCCAACACUGAUUUUUCUCCCCAAACUUAUAAAUUCUGAAGAAUGCAUCAAUCCCGGCGCUUGUUUUCUUUUGUUGUACUUAUUUUUAAGAAGGUGGGGAGAGGGGCAGCUUAACUGCUCGGGUGGCCUGUUUAUCUGUACAAUAGAUGCAAGAUAAUACGAUAAUAUGUGCUUUUUAUAUUUGACAAUCGUUAAUAUGGCUCCGGAAAAAAGGAAAAGUUUGUGUUUUUCUGUUUGUUAAGCGCUUGUACCAAUAAACAAUUCUGUUUAAAGAGAGAAAGAAAAAGAUUUCUAUA